CCCCGUUUCUUCGCUUUCCCCCACCCUACUCUCCGCCCCAUCCCGAGUCCAACCCCGCGCGUCCGCUCCCUCAUCGUCUCUACCCCGAGCUCUCGCUACCCCCCCAACCACCUCGGUGGCUCCACCGAGGAAGCUCCGCCACGAACCCCCUCCUCCUCCUCUCUCCGCCAUUAGUGUGCUAGAUCCAAAAGGCGGUUCCCGACAAAUGUUUAUCGAAGCCCUAGGAGCUACUACUGUUGCUUCCCUUUUUCUUCCUCUGGGCCAGAUGAACAGGUAACUUGUGGCACCAAGGCAGUAUGAGUGGCGCUCCAAAGAGGUCCCACGAUGAUGGGGCCCAUUCUACACCUGUAAAAAGACCACACGAAGAGACCGGCAUGUUUGCUAGUCCUUCUGGACGACUGAUGCCGCCACUUGGCACUGAUUUUCAGCUUCCUUUUGAGCACGGACAGGAUGGGAGACUUUCAAAAGUCCAACGAGUUGAAUUCCGUGAUGAUAAGAGAUCACCUCUUCUACAUCGGAUGCCUCUAACUUCUAGCAACUUCACUGAGCAACCUUUUAAAGAACCAAGGGAUGCUAAGAUUGAAAAUUGGGAGUUCAGGGCUGAGAAUAGAGAGAUACAUGCUGACUCAAGGUUAGAUCCUCAAGCCAGUAAGGUCGAGAAUGAUGUGAGGAUAGAUAGCAGGGUGGAUGGAAAAGAACCAAGACCUGAUAGAUCUGCUCAGUUUGACUACAAGGGUGAUAUAAAAUCUGAAAAAGAUGGUUAUUCCACAACUAGUUCUUAUAUAAGCUGGAAAGACAGUAAAGAACAUCAUGGUAGGGGUAAAAGAUAUUUUGAACCUCCAAGUGAUGGAUUUGAAUCAUGGCGGCUUGCACGGUCUGGAUUACAAGGCACAGAUGAGGUUGCAAAGGACCUCCCAGCAGUUGAAGAGCGUUGUCCUGCGGAAGCUCAUGAGGCUGUUGGUGAGAACAGAGUUGAUUUGAAAAACGAAGAGAAGUUCAGAGAUAAGGAUAGGAGAAGGAAGGAUGAAAGGAACAGAGAUUUUGGAGAGAGAGACAAGGAUAAAAAUGACCGUCGAGUCAAUAUGCAGCUUAGUGGUAUUAGUGCUGAACGCAAGGAACUGCAGAGAGAAGACAGAGAUGUCGAUUGGCCGGAGAAGGAAAGAAAGGAUUCUACGAAGGACAAGGAGGGGAAUGAGAGGGAGAAGGAUCAUGUUAAGAAAGAGUCGUCAAAUGUGAAUGAGAAAGAGAAUUUGCAUAUUGAGAAGGAUUCUGUUGAUGUCACUGCCAAAAACCUUGAGCAGGAAAAUGCACCAUCUGAACCUAAGAGACUCAAAGAUGAUAAUUGGAAGGCUGAUAAGGAUUCUAAAGAGAAAAAAAGAGAAAGGGAUGCCGAUCUAGGAGUCAGACAUGAUCAACGUAGUAAGUACAUUGAAAGAGAAUCAGACGAUGGCUGUGCAGAAGGUGAUACAGAAAAGGAUAAGGAAGUUUUUGGUGGUGUACAGCAGCAGCGCAGGAGAAUGCUUCGAUCAAGGGGGACUCAAGCACCUCAUCGAGAGCCUCGUUUUCGGUCUAGAACACGAGAUAAUGAGGGAUCUCAAGGUAAGAUUGAGGUGUCUGCGAUUGUCUAUAAAGCCGGUGAAUGCAUGCAAGAGCUUUUAAAAUCUUGGAAAGAAUUUGAAGCAUCCCAAGAUGCUAAAAAUGGUGAAACCUUACAAUCUGGUCCAACUUUGGAAAUUCGUAUACCUGCAGAGUAUGUUACCUCCACAAAUCGUCAAGUUAAAGGUGCCCAGCUGUGGGGAACAGAUAUAUAUACAAAUGAUUCGGAUCUUGUUGCUGUACUCAUGCACACCGGUUACUGCUGCCCAACAUCAUCUCCACCACCUUCUGCCAUUCAAGAACUACGGGCAACAGUUCGAGUUCUGCCUCCACAAGAUUGUUACACUUCAACACUACGGAACAAUGUCCGGUCGCGUGCUUGGGGGGCAGGUAUUGGCUGUAGUUUUCGGAUUGAGCGCUGUUGCAUUGUGAAGAAAGGUGGUGGGACGAUUGAUCUCGAGCCUCGUCUGAACCAUACAUCUGCAGUGGAGCCAACUCUUGCACCUGUAACAGUUGAGCGCACUAUGACAACGAGAGCUGCAGCCUCGAAUGCUUUGCGUCAACAGAGGUUUGUCCGUGAAGUUACUAUUCAGUACAACCUCUGCAAUGAGCCCUGGUUGAAAUACAGUAUUAGCAUAGUUGCUGAUAAGGGGUUAAAGAAGCCUCUUUAUACUUCUGCGAGAUUGAAGAAGGGAGAAGUUCUGUACUUAGAGACACAUUUUAAUAGGUAUGAGCUAUGCUCUACUGGAGAUAAGGUGAUUCAUAGUGGAGCAGUACAUAAUUCAUCUCAAACAGGAGAUUCUGUACACGAGAAGAUUCAAAACCAUAGCUCAUACACACAAAAUGGGGACAAAAUCGCCACGGAUCGGGAAAAUAUUGUAGAUGUAUUCCGGUGGUCUCGCUGUAAGAAGGCAAUGCCGGAACAAAUUAUGCGUUCUAUUGGAAUUCCAUUACCUAUGGAGCAUCUGGAGGUAUUGGAGGAGAAUUUGGAGUGGGAAGAUGUGCAGUGGUCACAAACUGGCGUUUGGGUGGCAGGGAAGGAGUACGCUCUUGCUCGCGUUCAUUUUCUCGCCCCAAAUUAGUGAACUAGAAUGUGUACUUUUAGGGCUGUUACAAUUUUUUAAGAUGAUUUAAUGUAAAAUGUAUGUAUUUAUGUGUGUAUACUGCCUACUCUGCAGUGGGCUAAUCUUCAAUAGUUUCUUAAUUAUUUAGUACCCACUCCUGAAUCUGUAACUUCAUUACCAUGUAAUCAGGUUAGGCUGACCUUAGUUUAUAACUUAUGAAUGAAAAUUGUUUGGCUGUGCUGUAAGAAUGAUCAGUAAUAAAUCUGGCUUUUGGCUUCAGCUCACAAA